AUGCGAUCUUGCGACAUUCAGUCAUCAAUUCCAAACAAAUCCGAGUUGGAUGGUUUUACGCCAAGGACUGUCGAGAUUUUCCGAUCCUUUUCGGUAUCGACAGCGAUAUACUGCCUGAAACUGCCCCAGGAUUCAUUUGAAACUCAACGCAUGCGAGUCGAGAGAACUUCUACGCCGCAAGAUCAACUUGAACCUCUUCUGCCGCAGCGUGCGACCGACCUCGGGGUUGAAAUUCGCGACAACCAUGAGUUUGUGGGCCUCGCCCAAGACGCAGAAACCGUGACCGUGAUAACCAAGAGCAAACUGGAUGGUUCGCUCGACCGCAUCACGGCAAAGUAUCUCAUCGCUGCCGACGGCCAUCGCAGCACUAUUGGUGAGAGUCUGGCAAUUCCCUGGAAGGGCCAUGGCCCAGUCAAUUCCGUCCAGAGCGUUCUCUUUCGGGCACCUGAGCUUUCGCCAUACUUGAAAAGAGGGGCUAAGCAGUUCAAAAUUGAUCAGCCUGACUUGAAGGCAUUCAUGAUUGCCUACGAGAACGAAAGACUGGUCUUGCAUCUUCCCAACGAUCGCGAAUGGACCGAUGAACUGAUAAAACGAGCAAUCAUUCAGGCGAUUGGACCCGAAAAAGUGACUCUGGAAAUUAUUGCUACCAGCAGAUGGGAUAUGAGCGCUUGGAUAUCUGACGAGUUCUCCAGAGGAAAGGUUUUCCUCGUCGGUGACGCUGCCCAUUCACUACCGCCUACCCGGGGAGGCUACGGAGCCAAUACUGGAAUUGCAGACGGCCACUAUAUUGCAUGGAAACUCGCUCAGGUCAUACAAGGCACGUCAGAUGCUCAGCUCAUGGCUUCCUACGCAGCCGAAAGGCUGCCAGUGGCGUGGCUGCGACACGGUCAAAUCUUUACUAGGUCGGACUAUAGAGAGAAAGAGAGAAAGAAAAGAAAACAGGGGAGAAAAGUCAACCUUAAGUAA